CUUUGGCUACAAAACCACUCUAUUUUGUUACACAUUUGUUUUGGACCUUUUAAAAAUGGCUCCCCGUUCUCUACGUGUAGUAAUUAAUGUCCCUUAGUGUAUCACGUUGCGGCUGGCUUUUGCAAUGUGCCGCUUUACCAACAGUUAGAAGACUUUACAAGAAGAUUCCCUCAAAGAGUCCUCUGGAAAAGAGGCCCUUAGGACGAUUUACACCAAUAUGAGGAUAAAUGCGACCAAAAUGACGACGCCGAUUGAAGAGAAAAUCGACAAAAAGCUUAAAAUUCGUACUGGUAUGGUCGCUGUUAGUGAUGGAAAAAGCAGACCAGUUCCUGUAAGACUCAACCUCUCUAUGGAAGUAUUAAGAUUACAAAAAGAAGAAUUAGUUCCCUUAGAAUCAAAACCUUCCACAUCACAGGAGAGGAUGGUGCAAAUUAGAAGGCAAACAAUUGGAGGAUUAGGAUUAAGUAUUAAGGGUGGCGCUGAGCAUAAACUCCCCAUUCUUAUUUCAAGAAUCUAUAAGCAUCAAGCUGCUGAUCAGACUGGGGAGUUGUUUGUAGGCGAUGCUAUCAUCAAAGUUAAUGGGGAAUAUAUCACAGCUUGUCCUCAUGAUGAUGCAGUUAAUAUUUUAAGAAAUGCUGGUGAUCUGGUUGUUUUAACUGUUAAACAUUAUAGAGCAGCUACCCCUUUCUUACAAAAACAAGAAGAAAAAGAAUCAUCAAUGACUAAUGAUAGCAACAGCGGUACUGGAAGCGGAAAUAGUGAUGAAAAAGACGCUUCAGAAGAUAGUUUGAAAUUGACAUUGAGUACAAAUUCAAGACCAAGUUCAAUUUGUUCAGAACUCGACCAGGAGGCGCAACAAACUCGGUGGAUAGACUUGGUGACGUUACCUUUGAUGAUGGCCUAUGUGACGAGGUACAUUUUUGGCACAGACAAACUGCGACCGAACGCUUUCGAAGUUCGAGGCCUGAAUGGAAUCAGCACAGGGAUCAUUCAUUGCGACGAUUCAGCCAUUCUUUCGCAGUGGCUUAAAUUUAUUACUGACAACAUAAUUGGAUUAACCAAUUUACAGAUGAAGCUUUAUAAUAGAAAUUUUAGUGUAUCUGAUAGAAUAGAAUAUAUGGGAUGGGUAAAUGAAGGUGUAUUAAAUAAUAAUCAUCCUUGGCAAAAUUAUAAACCAAGAUUUUUUGCUUUAAAAGGAACGGAUUUAAUGUUAUUUGAUACUCCACCGUUAACUAUAGGUGAUUGGACAAAGUGUCCUCUCCUUUUCAAAGUGUACCAAACAAUGUUUAGGGUUGUAAAAGAUUCCGAAAAUGUGGACGAACGACAACAUUGUUUUUUGGUUCAAACUUCUGGUCAAGAUUCCCGUUAUUUUUCGGUGGAAACGCGUCAAGAAUUGUUAAGGAUUGAAAAUGCUUGGCACUGCUCAGUAUGUACUGCAGUUAUGAAACUUGGGAAUAAAACAUUUACCGUUAGUUGUAAUGGAAAAACGGCUGGAUUAACUUUAGAUUGGAAUUUGGGAUUCUCAUUGUAUGAAGUUGACCAAAAAAUCCCAGUGUGGCAAUACAAGUUUUCUCAGUUGCGCGGUUCUUCUGAUGAUGGCAAAUCAAAAUUAAAGUUGCAUUUUCAAGACAUUGAAUCGAGGGCUAUUGAAACGAAGGAAUUGGAAUGUACGAUUUUACAGAGUUUGUUGUUUUGUAUGCACGCGUUUUUAACGGCAAAAGUGGCGUCGGUUGAUCCGGGAUUUUUAUCGUCGAUGGUAUUGUGAACGAAUUAAAUUAAUUAGCGCAGAAGAGUAAAGACUGACCGACAAAAAUGGUAUAGGACCAGAUUUGUAGAUCAGCCAUUUGUAGUACUGACUAGCAUAACCGUAAGUGUACUGCACAAGAAACUGCGUUGCACAAUGUUCGAUUAGAUAGUGAAGAUUUUUACAGAUGUUCCUCGACCUAGCUCUUUCUUUCAUUUAGGUGUUGUUCUAUACUCUCUUUAAAUAUCUAGCGUUAGCGCAAGAAACAAGUUUUAUAUAUAUUAAAAAAAACAAUGAUAAAAUAAUACAAAUUACUAAAAUCAACCACAUUAAAAAAUCACACGGUGUAGUUUUGUUAGUGAUAUUGUUAAAUAAAUUCUUUGAUAAGACGACGAAAGGAAACUUGAUAAAAUUCGUACAUAUCUGUUGAAAUUAUCGAUAUUUAAACUAUUGUUGUUGUGUACAAAAUUUGUUGUUAAAAUUUAUUAAAAAAAGCGUGUGUACAUAAAACAUAAAAAGAGGCGACAAAUUAAAACUUGUUUCUUCGAAGCAUCGAAAAGUGCGGGCCAUAGUGCGUUGCAAGUUAGUCAAUAUAACAAAGCGAAAGCGGUGGAACGAUUCAAUUCUGUAGCAAUAAACGAAAAUAUUUAAAGAAAAUGAUAUAUUUCAGCCAAAAUUAUUUGUCGGAACGGUGAAAAUAAAAUACAUAAUGUGUGUGAACCGUUUAAAGUAGACUUUCAUAUUAAAAAAAAAAUAGUAAAGAACAUAGUGGACGAGCUCAGCUUAUACAUUUAACGAAACGGACUCCUGCUGUAAUGAAUCGAAAUGAAACACUCUUUCCUGAUUGUUUCCCUUUCCGUAAUCGAGUAGUCAAUUAGAAUUUCGUUAAGUAAUCUCUUGUAUAAUUUAUUUUUAGAUGUUUUCUUAUUAAAAAUCAUUAUUUCACGUUGACAAUAUUAAAUAUAUAUAUA